CACUAGCCUUGGGCUGCAGGGAGGCUGCUGUGUCCCCCGGAACACCUGUAGUACAGCAGGGCCCACGGAGCUGCAGUGCUCACCUAGCUGGGGCUUUGCACUCAAGCCCGCUCAGUUCUAACCAGACUAGCGCUCCCUGUCCCUUCCCUGCCUACCACCAGCAAGCCCGCCAGACCUGGUAGGAGCAACUGCUCACUUUGCCAAGAUGUCCAAGGUAGCUAAGUAUCGGCGGCAGGUGAGUGAAGACCCCGACAUCGACAGCCUGCUGUCUACCCUCUCCCCUGAAGAAAUGGAAGAGCUGGAGAAGGAGCUGGAUGUGGUGGACCCUGAUGGGAGCAUUCCCGUGGGGCUGCGGCAGAGGAAUCAAACGGACAAACAGCCCUCCGGCUCGUUCAACCGGGAAGCCAUGCUCAACUUCUGUGAAAAGGAGAGCAAGAAAAUUAUUCAGAGGGAGAUGUCUGUGGAUGAAAGCAAGCAAGUGGGGAGGAAGACUGAUGCCAAGAACGGAGAGGACAAGGGCAGCAAUGCCAGCAGAAAGGCCCUAGGCCCCAGACAGGACUCAGACGUGGGCAAGGAGCCGAAGAAGGGCGUUUUAAAGAAAAGCUUCUCCAGGGAUCGAGAGGAGGCCGACAGCAGAGGUAGUGAGAAGCCCAAGGAGGAGAAGGUCAUCAGGGGCAUUGACAAGGGCAGGGUCAGGGCUGCAGUGGACAGGAAGGAAGCCGGGAAAGAUGGCAGAGAAGAAAGGGCAGCCGCCACCACGAAGAAGGAAGAGGAGAAGACAGGGAGUGUCAGGAACGCAGGCUUGAGCAGAGACAAAGACAAGAAGAGAGAGGAGGUAAAGGAGCCCAGCAAGAAAGAGGAGGUGAAGCUAACAGCAGAGAACAGGAGCACAGUUGGGAGACAGGAGGACGGGAAGCAGAAAGAGUCACGCGAAGAUAGGGACAAGAAACCAGAGGUCAAGGGCAUAGGAUGUGGGAGCAGAGACUCGAGAAAGGAAGACGAAAAAGUGAAGAAGGAAGAAACCCAACCUGAUAAAGGAGUCAGAGAAGAGGGCAAGACCAGAGAGAAGCAGCCCCCCAGCGGCCCCAGCAAGCCCUCUGAUGGGCAAGCCAGGGCAGAAGAGGAAGCAGCUCCCAGUAUAUUUGACGAACCUCUGGAGAAAGUGAAGAACAAUGACCCAGAGAUGACCGAGGUGAACGUCAACAACUCAGACUGCAUCACCAAUGAAAUCCUAGUCCGGUUUACCGAGGCCUUGGAGUUCAACACCGUGGUCAAGGUGUUUGCCUUGGCCAACACUCGGGCCGACGACCACGUGGCCUUUGCCAUUGCCAUCAUGCUGAAGGCCAAUAAGACCAUCACCAGCCUCAACCUGGACUCCAAUCACAUCACUGGCAAAGGCAUCCUGGCCAUCUUCCGGGCCCUCCUCCAGAACAACACGCUGACGGAGCUGCGUUUUCACAACCAGAGGCACAUCUGUGGAGGCAAGACGGAGAUGGAGAUUGCCAAGCUGCUCAAGGAGAACACCACCCUACUCAAGCUGGGCUACCAUUUCGAGCUGGCUGGACCCCGGAUGACUGUCACCAAUCUGCUUAGCCGAAACAUGGACAAGCAGCGACAGAAACGGCUGCAAGAGCAAAAGCAGGCCCAGGAAGCCAGUGGGGAGAAGAAGGACCGGCUGGAGGUACCCAAGGUCGGGGCUCUGCCCAAGGGCUCCCCCAAACCUUCACCCCAGCCAUCCCCAAAGUCUGCUCCAAAGAACUCACCCAAGAAAGCGGGUGUCCCAGCAGCCCCGCCUCCCCCUCCCCCUCCACUGGCCCCACCCCUUAUCAUGGAGAACCUAAAGAACUCACUCUCACCAGCCACCCAGAGGAAGAUGGGAGACAAAGUGCUCCCUGCCCAGGAGAAGAACUCACGUGACCAACUCCUAGCUGCCAUCCGUUCCAGCAACCUUAAGCAGCUGAAGAAGGUAGAGGUGCCCAAGCUGCUUCAAUAGGACAGGCAGCCAGGCAUUGGUACCAAUGCCUGACUGCCUAGACUCUUGUUCCAGGGCUACACAGACCCCCGCCACCCCACCCUGGCUGAGCUGCUACAGCUGCCCCUGUCCACCAUGGGAGAGCUCGAGACCUGGGCCGCGCUCGAGGGAGGACACCUCAUCUCUUCUCCCUUUCCUUUUCUUGUCUCUGAGGCUCUUCAAAAAUUGCUUUGAAACCUGGAGCUGGAGUGAAGUGUCGGGACAAGAGGAGUCCUUUAAGUACGUCACAGAGAAGAUGUCUCCCAGGGACCACAUAUCCACCCCAGCCUCACUGCCUCCAGGGCCAGGAUUCAGGCCUCUGAGGAGCCCUUGGGGCCAAGCGGCUGGGCCAGUGGCACUCCAUGGGGCAGAGGUAGAAAGAUGGAGGGCAAGGGAGUCGGAAGGCAGAGCAGGAGGGCUGGGAACACUAUAAAGCCUCCAUCUGAUGUGCCUGGGCAGCGGACAUGGUUGGACAGUACCUGAGAGAAGGUAGGCUCCAGCUGGGAGUAGACAGACAGACAGCAGCUGGACCUGAAGGGUUGAUGCCAAAGCAGACGUUUCCUUCACACCACCUGCUGCUGUAUAAUAGCUAUAUAUCUGUUUUUCCAUAAGAUUUUGAUAAUAUAUACAAACCUUUAGCUGCGAGUGGCUAUACCUCACCUUUUCUUCAUGUGUUAAUGGUUCUAAUGUUCACCCCGGGUUCCCUAGAAGGCCUCCAAAAGCUCAGGGUCCCUGCCAAACCAUUCAAGGUGACCAUAGACAGAGAGGGCAAUAUGGGGGAAAGCUUGAACUCUUGAGACAACCUCCCGACCUGGUGUUGCAGGUCUGUUCCUCGCCAGUCUCUUUGCCUCGUAUCUGUGCCCAGAGAUGUUCUCAGGGGCAGAGAGUCACACAGGGCCCUGGCGAUGGCUAUAUAAGGCACGUUCAGGGAUGACCAUUCCGUGACUCUUCCUACUGUAGGCUCAGGGCCAGUUCUUCACAGCAGUUACAGGCGAAGGAAGGCAGAGUGAGUCAGAGUGACUCAGGGAGGGACACCAGUGUGACUUAGGGCAUGCUCCCACUGGAGGCAUCACUGGGGAUCUAUGGAAUACUGUUCCAACUAGGGAUGAAGCCCAGCGUCAGCUCCCAUGCCUAGCAUGGAGGCCUUGGUUUCCAUCUCCAACAUGAUCUCUUUCUGACUUACUGGCCUGAAGAUUACUGUGCCACCAUGAAAUUACCACCUUGGUUCUGGGUCACAGACAUCUGUCUGUCUGUCUGUCUGUCUGUCUGUCUGUCUGUCUCUCUCUUUCUCUCUAGAAGCAGAGAGGAAAGCAGUUGGAAUAUGGGUGGGGUCCCACCUCCCUAAGGAAGUAGGAUAGCUGUUGUAGGUCUGGCUAAAAUCAGAGAGGGCCUACUCAUAUCCCAGGGUACCUUCUGAUUCCAUUCCUUCCCCACCCCAUUACUGCUUAAGUAAUGGGCUGGCCCAGGGGAGGAGAUAUCCCAGCGCUGGCUCCCAGAUCUCAAAGAUCGUGAUUUGGAGCCAAGCCCACGAGCUUGCAUCUGAUGGUGCAGGGCACUAGGUAGAUCUUUACAGAUGGUUGUGAGCCACCAUGUGGUUACUGAGAUUUGAACUCAGGACCUGUGGAAGAGCAGUCAGUGCUCUUAACCGCUGAGCCAUCUCUCCAGCCCCCACUAGGUAGAUCUUAAGGGUGCUUCUGCUUAUCUUCCAACUCUGCGAGGUGGAAGCCAAUAGCCUCACUGGUUUGCAGAUAGAAAUUAAUCAGCUUCACAUGGGUACAUGGCUGAUAAGAGGCAGGACCGAAGUCUUCACUCCUCUCUGCUGCUGAAAAAUGGACCAGUGAUAGUUUUUCACAAUGACAUUGGAAGCCAAACAGAAAUAUAGAUAGGUAGAUGAUAGGUAGAUAGAUGUCGAUGUAGAUAUAGAUAUCUUCCUCUUCU